AUGGCUGUUUCUCACUGGCUUCUCACUUUUGUGCUCUCUCUACUGCCCUUCAUAACACAGGUUUCAGCACAGCAACAAGGAUGUUCUGUUGAUAACAGCAAACCAAGCGUUUAUGAAAAUAACCCUCCUGGCUACGUGGUGACCACUAUCCAUGUGGAACCAGACUUCACUGUAAUGAUUAAUCCUACUUCCCCCGAUGUCAGUUUUUUCACUAUACAGGGGUCUGAGCUGCAGCUGACCCAAAGUGUGGACUAUGAGAAAGACACCUUGCUGCUGGUGUACCUGAUUUGUCAGAACACUGCUGGGCAGAGCAAUUCUUUGGAAAUUUUUGUGACCAUUCUCAACGUGAACGAUAACAGCCCAGUGUUUAAGCAAACGAAUCUCACCGAAGUUGUUCCUGAGGAUACAAAAGUGAAUGCAACCAUUGUAGCCCGUGAAGAUUUAAGUGCUAGUGAUGCUGACCUGGACACCAUAUUUUACGAACUCACAACAAUAGUGCCGGGUACAGAAGGUUAUUUUGCCAUAAAAGGAGUUAAUAACCCAGAAAUGUAUUUACAGAAAGCAUUGGACUAUGAGAAAUUUACAUCGACAACAUUGGUCUUGUACGCAAGGGACAGGCCUGUGGACAGCACUGACACCACCAACACAGCUACCACAACAAUAAACAUAUUUAUUGAACAAGCUGACACCAAAUCACCCUGGUUCCUACCCUGUACCUUCAUUAACACGGACAACAGCAUUUGCAUCAGCAGCCCCUAUACUGGAAGGGUCAAUAUCUCUGAGAUGUCGACAGAACCACUCAUCCUAGAGCCGGGGCCUAUCUAUGCUAUUGAUCCUGACUACAUGUUAAAUGAAAAAAUCGUGUACAGUAUUGUUGGUGGGGAUACGGACAAAGUAUUCUCAGUGGAUGCAGACACAGGGAAUCUAACUAUGAACAGAGUAGCGACUUCCCCAGACUCGUACCUACUGCAAGUCAUGGCCACCCAGGUCAACAACAUACAGAAAUACUCCGUAGUCAGUGUAGAGAUUAAGGUCAUCAAUAAAAGUGAUCAUCCACCAUACUUUGAGAACAGGAUCUACAACGGGACAGUAUGUGUUGGUCUGGCCCCGAGAAGCUUUGUCUUCCAAGCUGGCGUUCCUUCAAGCCCCCUGAUGAUAACAGCAGCGGAUGAUGAUUUCCCUAAUAAAGUCAACCCAAACAUUGAGUACUACAUAAAAAACAGCACCGAUUUCAUCGCAACCAAAGAUGGACUCAUCCUGACAAACGUGAUGCUGCAGUCACCGGGAACUGUAACCAUCGAGGCUGUUGGAAAAGAUAUGGUGAGCCUACAGAAAGCGAGCACUAUAAUCAUGGUGGAGGUCAUCCUUGCCCCAGUUGUAACCGCCUCUGAUAAGAUACACACUGCUCAGGAUAUGGCUAUCUUAGGUGGUACAUUAGCAGCACUGCUGUUAAUUGCCUUAGUCUUCCUUGGAGUCAUUAUAUUUAAACGGUAUGGAAAAACAGUCAAAUACCUGAUAAGGAAAAAGUUCUCCCAGGAAAUCUCUGGGGAUUACCAGAACCAAUCUUACAAGCAAGAUGAACACCCAGAUGUGAGAACCAAACAGCAUGAGACGUCAGAAAACGGCAGUGUCCAGUCGAUGACACGUGUGUUAGAGCAGCCAGCACUUUCCUUGCCGUCUUCCAACACAGAAGAAAUUGAGAGCCUCCCAAAGGCUUCUAUAGUUUCUACCAUCAUCUUUGACCGGGAAGAUAAAGAGGAAGAAGUGGAAGAAGAGACUGAGCAUGAGAAAGAAGUGAAGUCUAUCCUCAAGACAGACAGGCACGUGGCAGAUGAUGGCUACAAAGCUGUGUGGUUUAAGACUGAUGUGGAUCCAGAUGCUGGAGAGAGAGUUGAAGUGAUUGAGGACAAUGCAGCAAAUGGUGAUGAUGACAGUGACCAAGAUCUGCAGAAGAAUGAGGAGGAGGAGGAAGAAGAUUAUGACAAGGACGGUCACCACAGAGGGCUGGGAGUGUCCUUUGUCUCAGAGAGCUCAUCACUCCCACCUGCAGAAGUGAUAGUCAACAUGUCUCGCACAGAUGCAGUGACAGAAGACAACAGUGACAUAUAA